AUGAAAGAGAAUCUGAAGCGCAAAAAGCGGCACGAUAAAGACAAGUACUACCACUUGGCGAAAGAGCAAGGGUAUCGAUCGCGCGCCGCUUUCAAACUGAUACAAAUCAACCGCAAAUAUGAUUUCUUGAGCAAAGCCAAAGUCUGUCUAGACCUGUGCGCUGCCCCUGGGGGCUGGUGUCAGGUGGCCGCCAAGCACAUGCCGUCCGACAGCAUUAUCCUGGGCGUGGACUUGCUUCCUAUCCGGCCCAUUGCCAAGGUCAAGACUUUAGUGCAUGAUAUCACCACCCCUGAGUGUCGGGCGGCGGUCAAACGCGAAAUGCGCGCCCAUCCGCACGUUGACGUGGUUUUAUGCGACGGUGCUCCCAACGUGGGGGCUACCUACGACAAGGAUGCUUUUGUCCAGAACGAGAUUGCCCUGGCUGCCCUGCGCGCGGCCACCUGCCACUUGGGCCCCGGAGGCACCUUUCUGACCAAAGUUUACCGCUCCCAGGACUACAAUGCCUUGAUGUGGGUCUUUAACCAGCUCUUUGCUUCGGUCCAGGCCAUCAAACCCUCCUCGUCCCGGCAGCAGUCCGCGGAGAUCUUUGUCCUCUGUCUCCGGUAUAAAGCCCCGCAUUCGAUCGACCCCAAGCUCCUGGACCCCGCCUACGUGUUCGCAGAGAUGGAAGGCGGCUCGGGGGACAAGGCGAUCAGCAUUUUCAGCGCCCAGUACGCGCGUCAAAAGCGGCACAGGUCUGGGUACGAUGGGGAGGCGGGGGUGCUGUUGCAUCGGAAAGCCUCGGUCACGGCGUUUUUGGCGAGUGAGGACCCGGUCCAGUUUUUGAGCGAACAGAGCGAGGUAGUCUUCUCCCCGGGCUGCACGCCCUUCCUCGAACAUCCCCUGACCACGGAGGAGGUAAAGAGCUGCCUGGCCGACCUCAAGGUGUUGGGCAAGAGCGAUUUCAAGGCCCUCCUCAAAUGGCGCUUGAAGAUGAAGGAGCAUCAGGGAAGAGCGUCGGCAGGGACGGGGGAGGAAGAGGCUCGCGCGGCGGCCGCUGCCGUAUUGGCCGAAAACACACGGAGGCGGAGCCCAGAGGAGGAAGAGGAGGAAAUCCAGGCUGAGAUUCAGAAACUCCGGGAAGAGCGAGCCGCCAAGACCAAGAGGGAGCGGAAGAAGGAACGGGAGAAGUCAGCUCGGAUGCGUCUGCGGCAGGCGUACGGCAUGCACCACGACGCGUUCGAUCUCCCUGACCAUGAGUCGAUUUUUUCCCUGAAAGCAAUCGGGAGUGCCGCCGAGCUGAAGAGGAUUCGGGACGGAGAGUUUGCGGAGGUUGGGGAGGGUGGGCCGGAGGAGGAAGAGGAGGAGGAGGAGGAGGAGGAGGAGGAGGAGAAGGAGAAGGGGGACAAAGGGGAGGAGGAGGAGGAGAGGAGGCGAACGGCCAGGCUUGAAGCGGAGCUGGAGGAGAGCUAUCAGGCAUACCUGUCGAACAAGAACGAAGAGAGGUUGAAGGGGACGCGGGCGGGGAAACGGAAGAAAACGGUCACGGCGGCCUUGGCGGGGGAAAAGAUCUCGGAGGACCUGGCCACCUACGAUGGGGACCUACGAGGUUACCUGGAC